AUGAAGGAAGCAGAUAUAGAUCGGCCAGCCUUAUUGACACCGAGCAAGGAUUCACAUGUGAUGUCGAAGCUGAAACCCAAGAUCAGAAUAGUGCACCUGUUCGCGCCGGAGAUCAUAAAGACCGACGCCGAGAACUUCCGAGAGCUCGUGCAACGACUCACCGGCAAACCCACGAAGGCAAUAGCCAGCAAGAAGAAGAAGAAGAAGAAGAAGAAGAAGGCGUCGCCGCCGACGACUAUCGAUGAAGCAGACCGGAGAUCCGUGCGCGGUGGCCACAGGGACUUGAUGCAUGAGAGAGUGAAGGAGGAGACAACUAUCGAGCUGUCGGAGGACGACAUCGCCGGCUUCUUUAGCGAGCUGGGAGCUGCAGAACGUUUCUUUGGGGACCCGAUCGGUGACUUCCCGUUGCUGCCUGUGGGUGCUUCUUUCACGUGA